GCCUAUGACCCCACCCCUUCCUCUGCCCGCAAUCCCUGGACGUUCGUGCUCUUGGUAUGUUCCAAGAUGGCAGCUCCCAUAGUGAGGCGCUGGUUUCUUGUGGCGCGGAAAGUGCCUCUGCCUCCGCUCUUCUUGGCAGGGGAAAGAGGCUUUCUUUCUGCAGCUUAUGUGGACAGUCACAAGUGGGAAGCAAGAGAAAAAGAACAUUGUCACCUCGCUGAUCUAGCAUCUUUAAUGGAUAAAACAUAUGAGAGAAAGUUGCCUGUUAGUUCUCUAACAAUAUCACGGUUUGUGGACAACAUUUCCUCUAGAGAAGAGGUAGACCAUGCAGAGUAUUACCUUUAUAAAUUUCGACACAGCCCCAACUGCUGGUACCUGAGAGAUUGGACUAUUCACACCUGGAUUAGACAGUGUCUAAAAUACGGUGCACAAGACAAAGCCUUAUAUACCCUUGUAAAUAAGGUCCAGUAUGGAAUUUUUCCAGAUAACUUUACAUUCAAUUUACUGAUGGAUUAUUUCAUAAAGAAAGAAAAUUACAAAGAUGCUUUAACCGUAGUUUUUGAGAUCAUGAUGCAAGAAGCCUUUGAAGUACCUUCCACCCAGCUUCUGUCCCUCCAUGUUUUAUACCAUUGCUUGGCCAAGAAGACAGAUUGCAGCUGGGAAGAGGAGAGGAACUUUGGUGCAUCCCUAUUACUCCCAGGCUUAAAGCAAAAGAACUCGGUGGGGUUGAGUUCCCAGUUGUAUGGCUAUGCACUUCUUGGGAAGGUGGAGCUUCAGCGAGGGCUGCGGGCUGUGUACCAUAACAUGCCUUUGCUGUGGAAACCUGGUUACCUUGACCGAGCCCUUCAAGUGAUGGAGAUGGUGGCCUCGUCCCCAGAUGAUGGGAAGCUGUGUGCAGAAGCGCUGGCUAUGCUGGACAGAACACUGAAAGCUCUGACUGCUCCAGCCCCCGCGGCUUUGGAGGAACAGCCCCAAGAAGGGGAAGAGAGCUGGGGCUCAGAAGACCUGGUGGAGCAGCUGGACGUGGAGGAGACCGAACAGUCCAAGCUUCCCUGGUAUCUGGAACGAUUUAAGGACUUGCACUCUAAGCUUGAGGCCCUGGGCCGAGUUGAGUCAGAAAGCCUUUUGGCUCUGACCACCCAGCUCGUCAAGGAACAGCUCCCCACCUGUGAAGCUGAGGACAUCGCAGCCUACGAGCAGAAGCUGCAGCAGUGGCAUCUGGAGCGGGUACACUUGAUUCAGAGGGAAGAGGAGCAGAGGGAGAGGGCAAAGCAGGAGUAUGAGGCCCGGAGAGCAGCAAAGGCAUCUGCCUAACAGGCCCCCAGCGCUCCAGGCCCCAGCACAAGAACUUCACUAGCCCCGUCCCAGGACUCACGGUGACUUGAGGGCAGCCUCAGCCUCCUCCAUCCACCCCUCCUUUGCCUAAAGCAGGCCGUUUGCGGUAUCAGAGCCACAGUUGUCAAUGUAUGAAGGCACUGACUUCCCAUCACAUGCCGUGGAGGGCUGCAGAGCUCUGAGUGGCAAGCAGUCAGACUGAAGCCCCAGCUACACACCUUAAACAAGGUGCACCUGAGACCUAUGGGGGCGGGGCAGUUCUGGGGUCCAGGAUCAGUGUUGAACAGUGAAAACUCUUGAUCCAUAGCGGUGGUAGAGGGAGAGACUGGUUGAACAGCAUGGCGUUGAGCACAGGCUUUUGAAUGGUGUCUCGCCAGUGGCAGAGUACAUGUCCUAAGCCUCAUCCCCCUCCAUGGCCUCCCAGCCUGAGCUGGGUGUGGGAUGCCCACACAUCUCACCUUCUCCUUCCCCUGUGUCUCUUCUCUGCAGACCUGAACUUGGGGGAAAUUGAGGACAGGAGUGAACACCACCAUGAGCCCACUGGCUUUCAAAUUUCAGGCACCCACGGUGAUAUUUUUAGAGUGGAAGGACUUCUGAGGAGAACGCUAGCUCUAGCUCCAAAGCCUCCUUGGCUUGGCUUCUCCAACAUGUUGGGGUAACUUCUUUCCAAAGCAUUCUGAGCUCCUUCCUCAAGGAGGUAAAGUGAGCUCUUUGUGUCCACCCACAUGUGCACACACGUACAACUUGUCAAUACACAUUUCAAUUGCAGAAGUAGGAGAAAACGAGAGGCAGGAUGGGGCUUGUAGUACUUAGGAGACAUGCAUAAUUGUGCAACUGUCAGGAGGUGGAAAUUCCUUCCUGAAGUUUCUCUGUGAAAGUGUUCAGGGGCAGCUCCUGUUUGCUGUGUAAUUUUGCCUUUAAGCACUGUUGUACAAGGUUGUGCUGUUAUCAAGAACUUGUGGAAAUAAAUGUCCUGGGAUUC